AUGGCGUCAGAGCAGCUGAAGCACCAGGGCCGACCUCCUCCCCGACAAAAGAGCAAGAUCCGCUAUCUUAGUUCUUUUGAGGAGCUCAUUGCGAGCCGCAAACCACGACCCAACUCCCCCGCGCCCGCGAAACUGACGACAUUCAGAUACAGCUGGGAACCCCAUCCGACCAGUCCCAGCCUUAUCGUCAACCCAGGUCUCGACCGACGCGACCCCCUCGCCGGAAUUGUUGCACCUCGUCAAUUGACUACCUACCUCAGUCGUCACUACCAUUUGCAGUUUGGUCAACAACGGGCCGGACGGAAAUCCGAACCCAGCCCCAACCCCAACCCGCGACCUAUCUUGAAUCAGGAGCAACUUCGGAUCGAUCGCCACAAUCACCGGCUCAGACGAAAGCCCCGCCCUACUUCAGGACAGAUCGAGGAUACCACUCGCGCAUUUCCCGAGCGACCGAGUAGACUAAUAUUCGAACCCCAUCUAGAUAGGGUAAGGCCAGCCCCCCAGCUGCCGAAGACCGAUUACAGCCUUGUUCGCCAUCUUCCCGGGAACAAGUCAUCGUUCGAAGACCCUUUCGUUGGCAAGCCUUCGACCACGAAUAGCAUCGGCGUCUGUGUCCCUCCUUUCCCAAGAUCUCAGCAAGCCGAAUACCUCAGACGCGCGACUACCUCGCACCUACCCGCAACGAAGGCCGCUUGUGUCGGCAAGACCCUACGGCACCUGCCUGAUCUGGGCACCUUACUCUUCGCGUCUAACAAUACCAAGACGAGAGGAACACGUGAGCUGAAGAGAUUUACACCUCAGCGGCACGCGAGAAAGGACUUGAUUGACCCAACAAGCCCAAUCAGUGUUGAGGAGGUGGCAAAUACCACACCUCGUGUCGGAAACACUUUCCUCAGCUCUACCGAUCCCUUCACCAAUCUUCAUACUCUGCGGGCGCCGCCCGGAGCCUUUCCGAUCUCUCCUGAGCAGCCCAAGCGGCCGAUCCUUGUCCGAGUGGCGGAUAGCUCGAGAACGCGGGAUUGUAUUCUUGAAGGAGCGCAUUGCGAUAUCACCACUUUCCAGUCUGCGGGACACAAGUCACUGUCCUCUGAUCAAGGCUCCCUUCGCUCCAGCCCGUUAGGUCUCGCCCAAAGCUUACCUGUUUCCAACCCAUCCCGCAAGCGGCGGGCCGAAGACUCGGAGCUGGACCUGAUCGUAGCGAAUGCGGCCGAUCAGAGUCAGCCUGAGCAGGAGCCACUCAGCUACAUCUCGAGUCCUGCAAGUGUGGCUUCAGACGAAGGAAUUAGACGUCAGGGCCGUGCGACUUGGCUCAUCAAUAUCAUGACCUCAGUCCGAGGCGCUGUUACAAAGGUCUCCAGUAGCAUUGCUGGCUAUGUGUACCCUCGCAACUACGACGUUGUUGAGCGCCACUUGCGCGAUCCUCAAACCGGCAAUGUUACCACGAAGCGCAUGAGAUUGGAACUUUUCGACGACUCUGUUGAUGAAAGCAUGACUGCAGGACAGUCUCAAUCUGUCCACUCGGAGACAUCCAAAACCAAUCUUGUUUGGGUCGACGAAUCAACAAGAGUCGCCCAUUGGCAUCAAGUGGCUCCACUUGUUCGAACAUUUCGAAACAUCAGCCGCCGGCUUGAAAAGGGGCUAUCGGGCCCCAGAGACGGUUCUUCUGCCUUCCGAAUGAACGACGAUGCCCUCUCGCAGCGCAUAUGCACCCUCGGUGCCUACAUCGAUGUUUUUCAGCAGACAGCGUUCGUCCUCGAAAGCAUUUAUUCUCACACUUUCCUUGGGAGACUGAAGAGUACCUUUAAAUUUCCUCAGUCGACAAUGGACUACAACAUGAGCGCGGACGAGUUUCUUGCUAUUACGGCGGCAAAAGAAUUUGUGGAUAACUUCCCCGACGAAUGCGCUCAUGUUCUGACCGAGUCUGGUGUCCCGCAGCGGGUUCUCAAGGGCAUUGGAGCCGACCUGGACGCCCUCGUAAGUCGAAAGCCGAUGCCCAAUCUUGUUCAGCGAGCCGGGUUAGUCGGCAAAGUCAUGAGUUUCUUCCGGGGGCGCGACAGCUUUGGCAUCGACGCAUCUGACGAUCCUGUCUCGAGGAUCGACGUUGAGAUGCCCGGAACCUUCCCCGACACGUUGGCGAAAAGCGAGUCAGUGGAGGAAGCCGUCGAACCGAGAGACGCACCCGAAUACCGACCGGCCACGAAGACCGGCUACGUCCCUCCUGUCAGAACCACUGAUGCUUAUACCUUCGUUCGGGAGCAUCUGGCCGAGAUUGCGGCAAAGCGACGGACUGCUUACAAGGAGGUGCCCCCUGGUAUGACGCCAGAAGACCUGCUCCCUGGACUGAACCAGGCGUCUAUCCUCAAGAAGGACAGUCCAUCUCCCGUUAUAUUGAAACGACUCCAGAAGGCGCGGGGUCUGAAGAGGGUGCAAUUUUCGCCAUCGAUAAAGCCGUUGACGCCCUCGUCAACCAAAUCAGCCGGCUUGUUCAAGAAGCUCUUCCGUUCGCCCAUCAUGAUCGGCUCGCCGCUUCGGCGCGUCACCGAGAGCAGCUCCUUGAGCGACACACAGACCGAUGGCUCACCCGAUAAUUGCAGCUCCAAUGGACCAGAACAGCACGUGGGUGCCGAGCCAGAGACCGACAACACGUCGGAGCAUAGCGAUGGAGAGGCUCUUGCGGCUAGAUGCAAGCCCCGCCUUGUACAGCAUCUGAACAAAUCUCUGAACGGCCUCGAAGCCAAGGGCUUUUUCGUAAAGAAUAACCCCCGUGAACCGUCACCUUGCCCCCCAAGCCCUCCAACCCUGGCAGGUCUGAACAUCUCGGACGACAAAGAAGAGGAGCUCGAGGACCUUUCCCUCCACCUACAGUUAUUGUUUGACGUCGACAAGGCACGUCGAAGAGAGGAGGAGGAAAGAAAGGCCAGAGAAAAUGAGGCCGAGAAGCUGCGCAAGACCGGCGGGCUUCGCGCUCCUCGAAAACGUUUGGUCACUUCAUUGUCGGCAGAAUGGUCUCAGAAGGUGUCGGCUUUGUUGCAAGCCAGCUCUUCCAAGACACUCGCCAUCACGGCUGAGAGCAUUGAGCUCAAGAAACAUGACUUCGCCAAGGUGAUUCCACAGACAGAAUGGCUCAACGACGAGAUUGUCAACGGCUCGCUGCAGUGGCUCGAUCGCUAUGUCAACGCAGCCGCAGGCGCUGCAGACGUAAAAUCACCAAACCGGAUUUGCCUGGCGAUGGGUUCGUUCUUUUACAAAAGAUUGGAGGACAACGGCGUGCAAAACACUGAACGAGCACUUCGCCGAUAUGGAGUUACGAAGGCAAACUUUCUGAAGCUUGAGACGAUUCUCAUGCCCAUCUGCAAGAACAACCACUGGACGUUACUCGUUGUUCGGCCCCAGAAGCGAACGGUAUCGCACAUGGACUCCUUCAACCCGAAAGGCUCGGUCGCCCAUACCAACAGAGCCUUGUCUUGGGUCGAAGCCUUCUUGGGAAGCGACUACAAACCAAGCGAGUGGAGGUCGGUCUGUCACGAAGCUCCGCAGCAGACGAAUGGCUACGACUGCGGUGUCUUCACCAUCACGAACGGAAUGUGUCUGGCUCUCGGCCUCAAUGCCAUUGACGCUUAUUCUGGCGACGAUCUGCCACUGCAGCGUCUCCGACUCGCCGGGAUGCUGCUGAACAGGGGCUUCAGCGGCGAAUUUGAUCUUGCUGGCCUCUGA